GGGCCCGCGGGAGUCGGGCUGGGCCGCACCGAGACAGUUGGCGGAGUCCUGUGUGGCCGCCGCGGGGAGAACGAGAGCCGAGCGGGCGGCUGCGGACGCCGGCCUGCCCUGCGCGUCCUGCCCGCCUCUCCCAUCUCCCGCAUGGUGCCCACUACCCCCUGAGCGGCUGCGGCGGCGCCGAGGCGUGAGGGACGUGCCGCGGAGGCGGCUCGGGCGAGGGUUCCCGGCGCCGGCACUUCCUCCUUGCGCUGCUCGUGCGCGGCCGGCUCGGCGGGCGGGAUGGCGGCCGCGGCCCGGGGGAGCGGCCGCGCAUCGGCGCCGCGGCUGCUUCUGCUCUUGCUGGUUCCGCUGCUGUGGGCCGGGGUCCGGGCCGGCCCCGACGAAGACCUUAGCCACCGGAACAAAGAACCGCCGGCGCCGGCCCAGCAGCUGCAGCCGCAGCCGGCGGCCGUGCAGGGCCCCGAGCCGGCCCGGGCCGAGAAAGGAUUAACGCCACCAGCCCCAGUUCAUACCAAUAAGGAAGAUCCAGCUACUCAGACUAACUUGGGGUUUAUCCAUGCAUUUGUUGCUGCCAUAUCAGUUAUCAUUGUAUCUGAACUGGGUGACAAGACAUUUUUCAUAGCAGCCAUCAUGGCGAUGCGCUAUAACCGUUUGACCGUGUUGGCUGGCGCGAUGCUUGCCUUGGGCCUGAUGACGUGCUUAUCAGUGUUGUUCGGCUACGCCACCACAGUCAUCCCCAGGGUGUACACGUACUACGUUUCAACUGCAUUGUUCGCCAUUUUUGGCAUUAGAAUGCUUCGGGAAGGCUUAAAGAUGAGCCCUGAUGAGGGUCAAGAGGAACUGGAAGAAGUUCAAGCAGAACUGAAGAAGAAAGAUGAAGAAUUUCAACGAACCAAACUCUUGAAUGGACCAGGAGAUGUUGAAACGGGUACAAGCACAACGAUACCUCAGAAGAAGUGGCUGCAUUUUAUUUCACCCAUUUUUGUUCAAGCACUUACGUUAACAUUCUUAGCAGAAUGGGGCGAUCGCUCUCAACUAACUACAAUUGUUUUGGCAGCUAGAGAGGACCCCUGCGGCGUGGCAGUGGGCGGAACCGUGGGGCACUGCUUGUGCACGGGACUGGCAGUGAUUGGGGGGAGGAUGAUCGCACAAAAAAUCUCCGUCAGAACCGUGACAAUCAUAGGAGGCAUCGUUUUUUUGGCAUUUGCAUUUUCUGCACUAUUUAUAAGUCCCGAUUCUGGUUUUUAACAAGCUAUUCCUCUGUAAUUAGUUUAAGAUAGGUAACUGUACAUAGUGUACAUUACAACUAAAAGUGAUGGAAACACUGUAUUUUGUAGCAUUAGUUUGUGAGUUUGACCCAUUUAAUGAAAGUAUCAUGUCUAAAGAGAUAAUCAUUGAUUCUAUUUGUAACAUGGGUUUUUAAAAGAAACCUGACUUCUAAGUGGAUUUUUCUUCUCUCCAGCAUAAUUAUGUGAAUACGGUCCCCAUUUCUGUUUGGUAGAUACAGAACCAUUGUGCGGUGGGGUCUGUCACUCGACUUUCUUUCAGCACCGACCCCUUUUUAAGGAAUAUAAAUUUUCUCCUUGAUCACUUAGGCGUUUAACAUUUUUCUUGGGGAAAGAAUGAAUUAAUUUCUGUUGCUAAAACAUUUCCCUGAGCCAGCAAACAGUAAUUUAAUCAUCAGUCUUUUCAAAAUUGGGUUCUUUGUUUUAAAAAAAGAGGGACAAAUAUGACAUUACUGUUACUAUGACACAACAAGAACUGUCUGCAAGGUCCAUCCUUCCUCUUUUUUUUUUUUUAAUUGGGUAGGACACCCAAUAUAAAAACAGUCAAUAUUUGACAAUGUGGGAUUACCAAAUUAAAAGAGAAUACUAUGAAUGUAUUCAUAUUUUUUCUAUGUUGGAUAAACAGUGUAACAAUGUAAAUAAAAGUGGUAUGACCAGUG